AUGAAGAAGCUGAGAAACACAGAAAGUCCACAACAUAUGAGGAAAACAAUAACAGAAGGAAAAGGAAAAAGAAGAAGCAGAAGAAGCAGAAAUUUCUUCCUUUUUUAUAUCCUUCGCCGAGAAGCGGCAAAUUUCUUCACUUACAAAGCACAGUUUCUGUCCUGGAGAGCAAAAGAAGACGCAUUGCGGGUGGUGAUAAAAGAUAUAGAAGAGGACAUGGCAGAGGGAGAGUGUGAUAUCAUUCAAUUUUGGCAUCUUUGGGAGCAGCAUGCAGAAAGAGACAGGACAAAAGCCUGGUUAUUAUAA